AAAAGUGGAUAUUUUAAGUCGUUGCUCGAUUGUGCUCGAAAUUCGAGUAAAAAAGGAAAGACUUUGUGGUCAAAGAAGGAUCGAAUAUUGGUAAAACGAUAGUGUUAAAAUAUAUAAGGUGAUGAAACUUUCGUGUCUCAACUAAAAAGGUGCAAAUACUAGCAUGGAGACACUGAAAAACAGCGAAAUUAGAGAUCCAAGAAAAAUCAAUCAUGUAGUAAAGAAUCUCCAUUUGCCAACUUCAUUCAGCACACCAAACAAAAUGCCUUAUCAUCAGCAUCCUAUAGAUAGAGUUGAUUCAGUCGAUAUGAGGACAGCUUUCAAGAGGGACACUGCGAAGAGGAUAUUUGUAAACAGAAGUCUAAGUUUGGAUAAAAUCAAGUUUUUUGGGUUUGAUAUGGACUAUACUUUAGCAGUUUACAAGUCUCCAGUAUACGAAGCAAAAGCCUUUGAGUUAGUUAUUGAAAGACUGGUGUCUAUAGGUUAUCCUAAGGAUUUAUUGCAAUUCAAAUACGAUCCACAUUUUCCUGUAAGGGGUCUCUUUUUUGACCAUCAGUUAGGAAACCUUCUGAAAGUUGAUACCUAUGGAAACAUUCUAAGCUGUUAUCAUGGUUUCGAAUUCUUAACUAGUGUCAAGAUUAGAGAAUUAUAUCCAAACAAGUUUGUACAAGCUGACAACCAAAGAUACUUUAUUCUCAACACCCUCUUUAAUCUACCAGAAACAUACCUAUUAGCAGCACUAGUGGAUUACUUUGACAACCAUCCUGAUUAUAGAAGGACUGGCAAAGGUGCUGAAAGUAAAGACCAUAUUCUUUUGACUUAUGAAAGCAUCCAUGAGGAUGUCAGAGCUGCUGUAGACUGGGUCCAUAUAAAGGGAACUCUAAAACAGAUUACUGUUGAAAACCUAGAUACCUAUGUUAUCAAAGAUCCCCUUCUACCAAAACUCUUAGACAGAAUGAAACAGUGUAAAAGAAAGUGCUUUAUCCUUACAAACAGUGGAUAUUCCUACACAGAUAAAAUAAUGGAAUUUUUACUAGAGGACAAAGAUGGGAGCAAUAGUCAACGCCAUUGGACUUCAUACUUUGACUAUGUAGUAGUAGAUGCAAGGAAGCCUCUAUUCUUUGACAAAGGGACAGCUUUAAGACAAGUUGAUGCGGAAACUGGUACCCUCAGUAUUGGCCGCUAUUCUGGUGCUCUCAAACAAGGCCACAUUUAUUCAGGAGGAUCAAGUGAUGUGUUCUGUCAACUUGUAGGAGCACAGGGAAAGGAUGUGCUAUACAUUGGUGAUCAUAUAUUUGGUGAUAUCCUAAAGUCUAAGAAACAACAAGGCUGGAGGACAUACCUGGUUAUUCCUGAGCUUACACAAGAACUUGAAGUCUGGCAGUCAAGACAAGAUGUGUUUUGUAACUUGCGUGACCUGGACAUAACUUUGGGUGAAACAUACAAACAUCUUGAUUCAACUACAACAGAACAGCCAGACAUUAGUGAGAUUAAACGAAAAAUUAAGGAAGCUACUCAAACUAUGGAAAAGUGUUAUGGAUGCAUGGGAAGUCUUUUGAGAAGCGGUUCAAGACAAACAUUCUUUGCCAGCCAGGUAAUGCGGUAUGCAGAUUUGUAUGCAUCGUCCUGCGUCAACCUUCUUCACUAUCCAUUCAGUUAUCUGUUCAGAGCUCCAGCACAAUUGAUGCCCCACGAGUCUACAGUAGAGCACACAGGAGAACUAUUCCAGCCCACACCAAGCAGUGCAAUGGCACCAAGAGGUUUCUCAUUCUCAGACGACAGCCCCAUGACAAGUAAAGGUUCAAACUCUUCCCUUUCAAGUAACAAUUCAGUAUUUGGGAAGACUUAUAACCCUUCGCAAGUCAGUUACUCACUUGGCAAUGAUUCUGAUGAAGAGCUAGAAGAGGAAAGAAGUGAUUCCCCAAGUCCAAAAUAAAUCUUGACCACACUCAUGAAAAGUAUAGAUCUCUUGAACUUUGGUGUAAUGUUUUUCCAUUUCCAUUUCUUGUCAUUCCAAAGAGUAUCAUUUCUUUAAUUAACGGUUGAGCAAAAGACACAUUUUAAAAAAUUAUAUACGAAAUAUGAUUAAUUACAAGAAAUUCAAAAGUGUAACACCCAUAUUCAUCUAUAUACAUAUAUAUAAAUAUGACCACAUGUCAGUCUUGAGAGUAUCAUUAUUUCAUUGCUUAAUGGUUGCACAUAAGAUUACGCAUGAAUAUGGAUACAACUCAAGCAAAGAAUCUUGUUCUGAAUGAAAUGACACGGUCUGAAAUGGGAAAAUAUUCUGCCCAAAGGAAAUCCAAAGUUGACCCAGCUUUGAUUUCAUCUAACUUGAACAUCAUUAGGAUAUUUUAUGUCUUUGGAUAAAUCUAUUAAUAAUUUUUAAUACUCUAUCAAGGUUGACAUUUAACUGUCGAACCCAGGGCCCUGUCAUGAUGUGCAAUAGAAUUGAAGUGACAUGGUGCAUGGAUUUUGGGUGUGAACCUGCGGUACAGCGGUUUCCAUGUGAGCAAAUCCGGAAGUGUCUGCUUUUGUAACAAGUGUCUAUAAAGCCUGUCGGGUUUUUGGUCAUUAAUUGUUUUGACGCCGGCGCCAAUUCUACUGACCAGAAGAAAGGAAGGCUCUAGGCAAAAUAUCGGUACCUAGAGUAAAACGAUCCUCUAUUUCAUGUAUUUUCACAUGUAGACCGCUGAAAAACAAACGCAACUUGCUAAACUAUGCUACCUUUAUUCGUAUUUCCUUUCAUAGAUUGAUUCAAAAAAAUCAAUUAAAGUAAGAAAGAAAAAGAAACUAUAAGUUUUCCUCGUAAUUCUUGUUAAGGUUAUCUACUCAUGUUGUCUAACUCGAAGACAAAAUCCAAAAAAAACAAUAUUAAAAAAAGGUACUACUUGGAAUGGAAUGGAAAAUAAUUGGGAAGGCGAGUCGUUUCUGUUAAUUCUUUUAAAGCUUUUAACUGAUUGAACUAACAAUUAUCUUACAGUACGUUAUCAUACCAUAUCGUUAUAUUUUGUCGAAUUUUAUUCUUUGUAGUAUUAGUUAAAAUUUACGAAAAAUCGUAUCGUGUAAAUUGGCCGUUAUUGGACUAACGAAGAAAAUUGUCAUAAUAAGUGCAGAACUAUUUUUUCCGGCUCUAAUCCAUAAAGCGGUCAAACGUUAUUCAUAGAAGCUAACCUCUUCGUGCUAAUAUAACAUACGAUGACAUCUCGCUACUAUUGCAGGUGUUAUUUUUUAAUAUAUAAGUUACCUAUAUUACUUGCAUAAAUUUUAAAAAUAAUUCAAAAGUAAACGGGGCCGGAUCACGUGACUAGCGAUCACUCCGGUGUCAUAUUUUUGUAAUUCGUAAAUGAUAUGAGAUGCACUUGGAAUAAAAUGCAUUAGUAAACAUUC